ACCCAAAGCAGGAAUGCAGUACAGCUGGUUCACACGCUAUCAUAUGGUCCCGCUCGGCUCUACUAAAUAGACACAAACAUGGAUACAAAAAUUGAGCUCUUUGGCUUUGGACUGGCUAGUGCGGGCUGGUUUUGCACUAUUCUCACAAGGUUUUUGCCCAUGUGGAACGUGAGCGGAACGGCGGACAACACAACCACCACACUUCCAUUAUACUGGGAUGGAGUUUGGCUAAACUGGCAGCAUCACAGCACUGGCAGCUUGCACUGCACUUUCUAUCAGUCUCUUCUAUCUCUAACCGAGCAUUUCAACACCUGGAAAAUCCUCCUCGUCGUGUCUAUAGGAAUCGGAUUCCUCGCCAUCGCGGCUUACCCUGUAGGGUGGAUAAGAUAUCCGAAGAACAUACUGUUUAAAGCGGCUUCUGGGCCGGGGUUUGUAAUAGGUGGGCUGGUGUUAAUAGUGGUGCUGUCCUGGGCUACACAUUUAACAAAGGGUGAUUUGGACAUAAGUGUUUCCCUGACACAGGAAUGUGCAGCAGGGAUAUACACCGGCUGGGUGGGCACGGGACUGCUUUUGGUGGGUGGUGGAGUGCUAAGCGCUAUUGGCUGUAAAGAAGUCCGGAAGCAAAGAAAGGAAAGGAGACCUGCACAAACUUUAGAGCUUGGGGUACAGGAUCCCCUCAACACCAUCAACAGUAGUUCAUUUAUACAAACCCCUCUUCAUACAUGAUUUCAUUUAUGGAUUGAUUCGGGUAGUUAAAUCUGAUAAUGCUUCUAUUGAAGCAUUUUUUUACAAGUAUCUGUUUAUAGAUGAUCGAUUGGUCUCGUUGAAUUUUUUCCAUUGUUGGACAAACACAGAAGAACUUUUGUUCUCACUUCUGAUUUAGGGUUUGGCAAUUGCCAUGUUUACAUCUUUUUUCCUAUUGGCAUCUUUACAAAUACUUUAUAGUUAGUGAUAUAUCAGCCAAUAUUUGGCUCUAAGUGAUUUGCCUGCUUGGCAAGUAGCACAAACUUUAUAUUUUAGUCCACAUUAUUGUAUACAUAUUGUGCAAAAUGUGUUCUUUUAAAAUCUGCAAUUUUAGGACCGUCUUAUUUCUUAAUCCUAAACUGUAUUGUAUAUAUUAUACAUUGUUUUGUGUGCCUGCUCACUAAAUAUUUGCAUGGGCAAUUAUUUAUAAAUAAUGGGUCAAAUUCUUCAAAUACUUCUACAAUACUUCAAAUGUUACAAUUCAAAUACUUGAAUUAUAAUCACAACUAAGUGGGGUAGUAGUCUUGUUUUAUUUGCAAAAAAUAUAUAUAUAUAUUGAAAUACACUUUGGAAUAUUUUUACAAAAAUACAUUUUUCACCCAUAUAUUUUUGGCCAAUAUUUGAAUAUUUUUAAAUAUAUUUAAAAAAAAUACAAUAAAUAUAUUUAUUUUUCAUUUCAAACCAAGGAAAUAUAUUCACGUCGCAUUAGAAGAAAAAUGUAGUUUGUGUUACAAAACUUAAUAUAUUUAAAAUAUAUUUUGGCCAAGAAUACAUUUUUUGCCAUAUAGGUUGUAAAAUUAGAAAUGUAUUUGUUGCCCCUGAAAUACAUUUUUAAUAACAUGUUAAUUUAUAUUUCAAAUAAAAAAAUAUAUUUAAUUAGGCUUUACUUUCUACAAAAUGUAUUUAGCAUAUAUUUAAAACUUGGCCAGAGAAAUUUAUUUUUUGCAGUAUGGGUAAAGUCAGUAAAUAAUGCUCAAAGCUCAGUUGUUUGAGCAUGCGUUAGCAAGACAAGCAAGAUUGCUUCAAAGAAUCUUUAGUGCAAGUGCUAAUUCACAGAGUAAUACUGUUGACGGUACAUAACAGCUUAACAAUUGCCCUUAUGGCAGGUAUAACUGACUUCUCUACAAAGAAAAAAGUGAAAUAAAAUUCAUAUUUUCCAAAGCAUGUUUGUCUUGUCUUUAAUUCAAGAAUAAUGAAAAAUGGUGAUGCACAGUUCUGUCUCUUGCUGCUUUGCCAGUAUAUUGGCACAGGUGCGCAGACUGAGGAUCAGGCUGCACAUCUUACAAGGCUCCUCUAUUUUCCAAGUUGUGCAUUAUAAUGUCACAGGACAUGUUUGAUGCAACCCUCAGGCUUUUAAGACACUAAAAUCAUCUCUUUAUUUGCACAAGAGUCAUUUAAUUGCAUGCCCUUGUCUUAGCUAGAGCUGCAUUGUAGCCUAACGGGUUUGGUGUCCAGGGUGUGGGUUGGAGAGGCAUAACCCCUGUUCCCAAGAUCCUGUCAUAAUCCCCUGUAUAAUGAAAAACUGCAGUUCUGUUAGGCCCAACAUCCCCUGACAUGUUCCCUUACCACAGUCAAAUAAUAUGUAUGGGACCCUGAAAAGUCAUGGACUAAUACUGGCCAUUAGACUUGUAUGUUGUGACGUGGCCCAUUGAGUCCCAGACCAUAUAAGAUCUAUUAAUUAAUCCAUUAUUAAUCUGAAAUAUUAAAAAUCUUAACAGUACUUUACCUGCACGGCAGACGUCAUCAGCCUCUGACUGCGGUUGUGGGCUCCUUGCUGCUGCAUUUUGCAAUCAAAAGAAUUAAACAUCUUUAGAAAUGCUCUAACAUUUCCAAAGCCCAGUACGGUAAUGUGCAUUUAACCUCCACUAUGUAGAAAAUGUAUGGUUUAAAAUGUGGCAAUCUCGACGUUAUAUUAGUAGAUUUCUAGAUUCAUCUUGGUACAACGCCAGAGAUCGGCAAAGUUCAGAUGCUCACAUAUGAGGUCAAAUUUGGCAGCGUUGAACAUUAAAAUCAGGUGACUGUUGCAUAUCAUGAUUUUGUCAGCCCUCUAUGUGUUUCAUGUGACAGGAUCAUGGCAGCUCUUAUUGUUGACUUGUUUUUGUGUGGAGAGUCACAUGGCCUGUGUUUUGUGUGCCUCGUGCUCUCUUGUCCUAAGUCUUGAACAUACCCCCUUGUUAAUUAUUCAUUUUUAGUUAACGCCCUGUGCAUCCUUGUUCCCUAGUUUAGUUCUCUUCUAUUUAAUGCCAUUGUGCCUGAUGUCUUGUGCGUCUUUUAAUGCCGUUGUGUGUUUCUGUCUUGUCUCGUCCUACCCUGCUAGUGUCAUGUCGUGUUAUAUUA